CACACUACGACUUCAUCCAAUAUCUGAGUUAAAAAAUAAAAAUUAAAUUCUUCGUCUUCCUUUUAAUUCAGAGAGAUUAAACUGUAUAGUAUAGGUUACAGAUUCUGAAUCAGAAUCGGCGUUUAUUUUUGGUUUAGGUUAAAAAAAUUGAAAAACUAUGUCAGGUAUUCACCGAUCUUCUAGCGCGCCGUUAAAGAACGGCGUUCUCCCUCCGCCGGAGCUCCUCGACGAUCUUUGCAGUCGGUUUGUUUUGAAUGUGCCGAAGGAAGAUCAACAAUCAUUUGAGAGAAUUCUAUUCCUUGUGGAGUAUGCACACUGGUUCUAUGAGGACAAUUCAGUUGAAAAUAAUCCUUCUCUCAAGUCAUUGAAUCUUAAGGAAUUCACUUCUCUAAUGUUUAAUAGCUGUGAUGUUUUGAGACCCUAUGUUGCUCACAUAGAUGACAUAUUUAAGGACUUCACUUCUUACAAGGUUCGAGUUCCUGUAACUGGGGCAAUAAUUCUGGAUGAAACCUAUGAGAGGUGCUUGCUAGUAAAGGGAUGGAAAGGCACAAGCUGGAGUUUUCCACGGGGAAAAAAGAACAAAGAUGAGGAAGACCAUGCAUGUGCCAUCCGAGAAGUCCAGGAGGAAACUGGUUUUGAUAUUUCAAAUCUUCUCAAAAAUGAUGAAUACAUUGAAGAGAUAUUUGGGCAGCAGAGGGUAAAACUUUAUAUAAUUGCUGGCGUGAAGGAUGACACUGCCUUUGCACCACUUACGAAAAAGGAGAUUAGUGAAAUUUCAUGGCAUCGACUAGAUGAAUUACAGACAGCAAGUGAUGAUGUAAUUUCUCGUGGGCUAACUGGCCUCAAGCUUUACAUGGUUGCCCCUUUUUUGCACUCGUUGAAGUUGUGGAUUUCUAAGCAUCAGCCCCCUCAAGCUCCAAGACCUGAUCUGCCUCUCAAAGGUGUGUGUGUGUGGAAAGCAAAGCACACUUCGAUAGGGAGCAGCACACAAAUAAUGGAAGUCCGAUCAACUAAGCCUGUAACCGAUAUUCAUCCUCCUGAUACAGGCCCGGGCAAAAGCUUCAGAAGUUUUAGAUUUGAUACUGCUGGAAUCUUACAAGCUAUGGAAGCUGGGUUUUCUCGCUGAAAUUAAGAAAUCUUCAUUGUAAAUGCUGCUUACAUAGCUGGGUUAGUAUUUCUCCUAUGUGACUCACAAAGCAUCGGUAGUCACCUUCUUAUCAAGUUGCUAUAACUGAUGUUCAUGAAUCAUUUCAGUAUUCAAGGUUCGGUUUUAGUGUAUAUCCUGUACAGAAAACCUUUUGUGGCAGAGAGUGGUUUGUCAGGUUAUCAUUGUAUAUUACUCUGAAGUAAAGAUCCCUUUGCCACUAAACGCCAAGCGACUUAUUACUUCUGGUUGUGCUUUUGUCUCUGGGCCAAGAUUCUUGACAAUCUGUUUCGGGUACUACUUCUACCAUCUGCAUAUAUCCAUUUCUUUGUUCUCUUGUGGUGCUAUUUAAUUCUCGAGUUGAAGUUGAUUAAUUUAGGAGAAAAAAAUAUUUAAUAUGAGAACAGAACUUAUUCUAUGUAGUUCUCUGUUCAGCUUUUACUGAUCGGUUGUUUUAGCUACAAAUUACUCUUUAAUGUUAUACUUUUCCGUCUUUUAGCAACUUAAAUUACGAGCGGAAUUCUGCAUUCUCUAGUCA